GUGGUGUGGGUGUUGAACCCGGCGCCAGGAGGGAUGGUGACUAGAGGGGUUGGGAAUUUAUAUACCUGGCGCUCCCGGCACCGUGUGCGCGAGUCGAUGAUCUGUAGAUACGACGGAACGGCGCAUAGAAAGAAAGUUUCUGGCGAAGAGAAUUGGGGCGCCGAAAGACGACUGAUAUCUCCUGCUGUGACGACGACAGGGUUUGGCGCUGAUCGACGGGACGAAAUCAUAUUGUGUGCGCCACCAGGAAGAAGAAAGACGAACUGCUGGGUGGCUCACCGCCAUAUUGAGAAUAUCCUGUAUUCGAGCAAAAAAUAUCAUAUACGCACCACAACCUAUACCAUAUACCAUAUAACACCAACCUCACCCAUACCACUCACUCAACCUCGAUAAUGCCCCUCCUUGCAACACCCCUCCCUUCUCCCGAGCGCACGACCCGCGCCGACUCCCUAUCAAAACGGACCACCAUGUCCACCCUCACCACCACAACCUCACAAACUCCUAUGCUCCCGGCUCUUCCCCCGCGCUCCUCGCUCCGCGCAUCCCGCCUGUUCGAGUUCACAGACCUCACCUCACUGACGGCUCUCUCACCCCCUCCCCGCCCUGCGCCUACGACGACACAGCUUAGUCCAGCGAGCACACCAGAGUUAUCACCUUCAAAUCCAUACGAGACAUAUCUCUCCUCCGCCUCGUCCGAAGAAGACGAGGACGAGAGCGACGGGUCAACCUCUGACUCCGAUGCCGAAUCCGAACCCGCCUUCAUAGCUGAGGCCGUAGCGCGCGCCCCCAUCAAGACAGCACACCCCGAACCCUCAUCAGAAGGACCACAAACCCACUCCCGCCACUCCAGCCAACCCGACGUCGCCCGCGCCAUCGAGCUCGUCGCCGUCGGUCCAGCAACUCUAAUUCUCAUCCCGCAACCGCGCCCGCUCUCCGCCCCCCGCCGCGCCUCAACAACAAGCGCCCUCACCUCGCGCUCCUCCUUCCUCCCCCCCAUCUCCACCACCUCACCACCAUCAGCCCGCCGCCCAACGCCGCUCCGCCUCUCCACGGCCCCCGCUCCCCGCUUUCCCUCCCUCUUCCCCUCCGUCUCCUCCCCCUCCCUUCCUUUCCUCGAAACAGACCCCUUCUCUGCCUCCUCCCCCGGCAUGACCGCUUCCCCCGCCCCGCUAUCGCCAGCACUAAGCACAACCUCCACCUCCCGCGAUGGCCUGAAACAGCGCCUCGGCGACGUGCGUCGCGGCCUCGUCAAGGGCGCUGAAGCUGCUGCUGCUGCGGCUGCGAAGGGGAGACGUAGGCCCAGUAUGGGACGGUUGGGGUUUAGUGGGUGGAAAGCCGAUGAGGAACGUGAGCGCGAGCGCGAGCGUGGGGGUAGCGUGACGCCGGUUUCGGCGCUACAGCAGGAGGAGAUGGCAGCGUCGAUUAGGGGGAGGAGAGGGAGCGAUACAGCUUCUAUCCGGAGCACACGCAGUGUCCGACGGGCUGACACACCGCCUCAACUUACACCAUUAUCGCAGCGCGCGAGUACCCUACCACAACCACAGGCGUACACGCGCCCUAUCUCGCAACGUCCGCCGUCUCAGCUAGGAGCUAGUCACCGCUCGUCCUCACAGCUCAGUCUGCGCCCGGCGUCGCAGCUGGGGCUGGGACUGCAGCAGCAGGCGGGGGUGAGGUAUGAGGAUAUCAUGCGGGCGGCGAAGGAGAAGGCGAGGACGACGGCGCCGGAUUAUGCGCCGCCGCCGCCGCCGCCGCCACAGGAGGAAGAGAAGCAGGUGCCGAAGUUGGGGAGGAGGAAGAGUGGGGUUUUUGGGGCGAUGGGGAUGGGGAUUGGGGGGAGGAGGAAGAGUAUUAGGCUUUGAGCGUGCGGUAUGUGUUGAGCUUGUGGGGUUGUUACCCCUUUUUUGCUUUUUGCUUUUGGGUUUUGGGUUUUUUUCCCCGGGUGUUUGAGCGUCUUCUUUUGACUUGUUUUUUGAAAAGGGGGGUUUCUUUGGGCGGGCGUUUGGGGGGGUGGUUGCAUUUGUCUUUUGGGUCGAUUUGGGACGAGGGGAUAAUGUAUAUUUGAUGGAUGAUGGAUGGGAGGAUGAGUGUGUAUUAUGAAUCAGCGAAGGGAUGCCUGGAUGAGGAUGAGAGGGGUAAUGUAAUAUAGUAUAGUACAUGCAUAGCAUAGCAUCGCAUCGCAU